CUGUGUGAGCCAGGGGUGCGUUCGGAUUAUAUGUUUAUUCAAUCAAUGCAUAGUAACGCACCGCAUUUAACGUCCAGUAAUGUUAACGCUGUUACCUGUUAUUCCAAACAAUUCUUUUGAAUGUAUUAAAGAGGAGAUUGACGACAUGAGGGAUCCAGAACCAUCCAGAACAAAAUGUGAGGAUAUUGAGGAACAAACAGACUUGGCUGAAGUAAAAUGGUUAAGAGUGAAGCUGAAAGAAGAGGAGGAGGAACACUGUCAAAUAAAAAAACCUAGAAAAAAAGCCAAUCUGCUGCAAUCCUGCACACAGUGUGGAAAGAGUUUCAGAAAAAAACAAUACCUUAAGAAGCACAUGAGAAUCCACUCUGGAGAGAAACCUUUUAACUGUGAUCAGUGUGAUAAAAAUUUCAUUUCAUCGUCAAAUUUAAAACAACACCAGAGAGUUCAUUCAGGCGAGAAGCCUUACAUGUGUACUUUCUGUGGAAAGAGUUUUUCACGGCUGGGAAGUUGUAAACUGCACCAGAAAGCACAUAAUGUAGUGAGAGAUCAUGUGUGCUUUGAGUGUGGGAAGAGCUUUACUACAACUGGAGAUUUGACAAAACACCAAAUAAUUCACACUGGGGAAAAACCUCACAAGUGCUCAUAUUGUGACAAGAGUUUCACUCAGUUUGGAAACCUGAAAAGGCACGAGCGAGUUCACACUGGAGAGAAGCCAAACCAAUGUACUCUGUGCGGAGAGAGUUUCACAGAUGCAUCAGUUCUGAAAAAUCAUCUUCUCGUUCACUCUGGUGAAAAGCCAUUUAGCUGUGAUCGGUGUGGUAAAGGCUUUAUAAGAUCAUCACAUCUAAAAAGUCACCUGACCGUUCAUUCACAGGAGAAACUUUAUGUGUGUUCUUUCUGUGGAAACAGUUUUACUACAGCCAGCAAUCUGAACCGUCACCAAAAAAUUCAUACUGGAGAAAGACCUUACAAGUGCUCAUACUGUGACAAGAGUUUCACUCGGUCUGGAGUCCUGAAAAGACACGAGCGAGUUCAUAAGAGGAGAGAGCUUCACUCAGUCAUCAGCUCUAGUGACUCAUAUUAAAAAUCAUCGUUCUUUGUCGAAGUGAGCAAAUGUUUUCUACAGAUCGUACAUUUCUAGUCAAUGAUGUGAGAUUCGGAUACAGUAAAUGUGCAAUUAGCUCAAACUAGUUUUGCUGUGAAAUGUUACAUGAUUUGGGGAUGCUUUUUCUGUGUUGAUGGAGAACACCAAUAAUUUGUAGAGUUUGGUUGUGCUUGAUGGAAGUCCAGUGCUAGAGAAAGAUUGUACAAGUCUUCAUAUAGUGACAAGAGUUUUGUUGUGUCUGGAAACCUGAGUGAGUUCAUACUGCAGAGAAGCCUGUGCAUUAAACUAGUGAUUCUUCUCAAAUGCAUGAAAAGCUUAAUGUUGUCCAAAUGUUGUCACAAAGUUUAUCCAUUCAAUAAUGUAGUUUAAUAUAUUUUAAUUUACUUGAUUGAAAUGUGUUCAUUGCAGCAUUUUUGCAUACAAUUAAAAUUGUCAAAACAACAAAGAAAAACAAAAGUGUAUCUGACAAUAACUGAAACCAUUGUCUGACAGAAACAGAGCCGUAAUGUUUAACUGUGAUGAUCCUGUAGUUUGCCUCAGUCUGUUGACACACAAUGAAAGGUGUUUAAUGUGCCAAUUUACAGAAGAUCAUCAUAAUGAAUGAGGAGAAAACAGGGGACUAUUGGCUUCUCAGCAGCUCAUUGUGUUUUGGCACUGUGUUGUUAUCAGGAGAAAUCGUUCUGCGUUACUGAAGUAUUGGAUUUGAGAAAAUCUGAUUCUAAUUUGUAUUUUGUAAAUGCUAUAUUUUUUUGCAUCAAAAUAAAGUCAAAAGCAGGGUAUUAUCAGGCAUUAAUAUACUUCUUACCACAAUAAUAUGAUCACUGGGGGUUAACCAGGAAUCACGCUUCAUCUGGACACAUCCUAACCUAACAAGACUGUUUUUGAGAGAAAUGUCUGUGUUUUCCGUUAGAUGGCAGCAAUGCACUUAAAGAUGCAAAGGAACAAAUGGAGCAUGCGCAGAAUAGUUGCUGGAUAUUUUUAAUAAAGGUCAGUCGUGGAAUAUUUUCAUUAUGCAUGUGAGAGAUGUCCACUGUUUACAGAGUUUGCAUGUUUUGAUUGAUUGUUAACUAGACUAUUAUAGUGUUUUUUUUAUAUUGUGCAAAUGUGAUUUGAUCAGACUGUAUUCAGUGUGUUUAUAUGGUGUAUAUCUAAAAUGUAUCUCUUUGCAUUUUACAGCUUUUUAAUAAAGUUGCCAUUGUGAAUA